GGGAAGGCGGUGCGCGGCGGGCGCCGCCGCUGCCGCCGCCGCGAUGAACGAGGCCGUGGUGCGGCGCACGCAGGAGGCGCUGGGCCGCGUGAUCCGCAAGCCGCCGCUCACGGAGCGCCUGCUCAGCAAGCCGCCCUUCCGAUACCUGCACGACGUGAUCACCGAGGUAAUUAGAGUGACGGGUUUCAUGAAAGGACUUUAUACGGAUUUUGAAUUGAAAUCAGAGAAUGUUAAGGAUAAAGAUGCCAAAAUCAGCUUUCUUCAGAAGGCAAUUGAUGCUGUUGUACUCGUAACAGGAGAGCCACUCUCAGUAAAACCAGCACGUGUCGUAGCUGGACAUGAACCUGAAAAAACCAAUGAGUUACUUCAAGCAAUUGGGAAGUGUUGCUUAAAUAAGCUGUCCAGUGAUGAUGCUGUAAAAAGGAUCUUAGCUGGGGAAAGGGCUGAUGCCAAAGGAAAGCCUCCCUUGUCGAAAUCUCGAGAUAAGGAAAACAGAGCAUCCAGAGCAGAAGAACAAAAAAGCCAUAGGGACAAAGAGGGAAAAGGGGACUCUGAAAUUAGAGACAGAAGCUUGAGCAGAGACAGGAAACCUAAAGAAGAUUUGAAAGAAGAGGGCAAAGAAAGAGAAAAGGAAAGUGAUAAACGUAAGGAUAAUGAAGACAGGCACAAAGACUCUGAAAGAGGCAACAUUAAGGAAGAGGAAAAACAAGAAAGGGAAAGAAACAAAAGCAGAACAACUAAGGAAGGAAGAGAAUCAGAAGAUGACAAAGAAAAGAGAGACAUAGAACGAGAAAAAGAUCUUGAACAUGGUAAAAGACAGGAAAGGGAGAAAAAAAAAGAAGGAGGAAGAGAAAAAGACAGAGUGAAAGAAAGAGACAAAGAAAAGGUUAGGGAAAGAGACAAGGAAAGGGGAAAAGACCGGGAAAGAGAUAGGCGACGGGAAAGAGGAAAAGAUGGGGAACACUCAAGAGAACAUGGAAAGGAUAAAGCAGAGAAAAAGUCCACAGACUCGGAAGAACCUGCCCUUAAAAAAACGGAAAGGCCGUCUAAAGACAGCAAGUACCAACCAGAUAAUGAGAGUGAAAGUCCUUCAGGAAUAACAAGGCAGCCUUUAACCAAAGGAUCAAGGCAGCGCACCAAACCUGGGGGAGAAGGAAACACGGCUACAGCGGCAAGUGAGUGUAGUGCACUUGAGCAAACAGUUAGUCUGCAAAGAGAGACAUCUGAGUCAAGCUCUGCAGUACAGGAGCCAGGAACAGUGGAAACUCACGUCUUGGCAGAUAAGGUUUCGGAGGACAAUGCUGCUAAACCACAAGAGAAAGCGGAACCAGCGGUUGCCGUAAAACAGAAAGCAGAAGGAGAAGCAGAGAACACUGCUCCUGAAAAGCCUGCAGCAUCUGAAAAUGACAAAGCACCUAAUGAUCUUCCGCCUCCAGUUGUCCAAAGACGAAUUUCACGGCCUGGCAGUGCAAGACCAGCACCACCACGAAUAAAACGUCAAGAAAGCACAGAGGCCUUAAUUCCAGAAAGGAAUAGUAGUGGUAAAACAGUCUCAAAUUUGAUCACAGACCAUCAAAAUUCUGAUGACGAUGAUGACCAGUUUGUGGUGGAGGCAGCGCUGCCACUGCCAGAAAUACCAGAGAUGGAAACGGAGCCAGAAGUGCAGCUGGUUGAGGAUGAGAAGCAUGGUGGACUUGUAAAAAGAAUCCUAGAAACAAAGAAAGAUUAUGAGGCAUCUCAAAAAUCUUUAAAGUCUGCAGAAAAGGAGAAGCCCUUUGUGUCAGAAGCAGCUAGGAAGAAAGAGAGAGACUUGGUAGCCAAAGAAAUCGAGAGGUUGCAGGUCUCUAUUCAGACUCUGUGCCGGAGUUCCCUUCCUCUUGGCAAGAUCAUGGAUUACAUCCAGGAGGACAUGGAUGCCAUGAAGAACGAACUGCAGAUGUGGCGGCACGAGAACAGGCAGCUUGCAGAAGCUCUGCAGAAAGAGCAAAGUAUCACAGACAGUGCUGUCGAGCCCUUAAAAGCUGAACUGGCUGAACUGGAACAGUUGAUUAAAGACCAACAAGACAAGAUCUGUGCUGUAAAAUCUAAUAUUUUAAAGAACGAAGACAAAAUCCAGAAGAUGAUUCUYAGCAUAAACCUGUCUUCAAAAAGGUAAAGAAGAGAAAAAAGCAUCGGAACGGACUGGCAUUUCUACGAAAUAAAAGCAAAAUAGCAGAGGAAAAAUUAACAUAUGCCUUGUUCAAAUAUAAAAUUAAGGACCAGAAGCCUAAAGAGAAUAUGAAAUCCCAUUAUUACAUUCUUUUUUAGAGGUUUGUAUUGCCCAGGAUAAAAUUAUAUUUAUUUGAGUGCAAAAGUUACAGAACUAUUAAAAUAAGUUGUUUCUUUAGAUGUGAACUGUUGUUGCUUGCUUACUAGGGUUUUGCAGCCCCCUUUUCAUCCCUGGCCUCUUCAGGGCAGUUUCUGAGCCAGCCCUCUUACAUAACCCUUUCCUUUCCUCAUACCCACUGAGGUCACUUUUGAACAUACUCYCAAGAAAAAGGAGUUUUAGUUGUUUUUUUGCCCCUUUAAAAAUUGUUUCAGAUCCCCUCGGGUUAGAAAUUUGCAUCAUCCUGUCCAUUAUUUAAAGGUCUUGUAAAGAAAUCUGUAAAAAAAUUCCUGAAGAUCAAGAAGUAAAGCUGUGGGUAGCAGGCACUUCUUUGCAUCAUUACAAAAAUGAUGUCAUGUUUUCAGAGCUAUGAGGAAUCUUAUUAAGGAGCUGCUAAAAAUGCAGUGUGAGCAUCGCCAUGUAAGGGAGCCGAAGCAUUUUAUCUGUGCAGGUGUUAAUUCUACUUUUAUUGCAUAUGUUCAUUUGGAAAGGAUUAAUUUAAGCACCCAUUUCCUCCCCAAAGCAUGUUCCUAUAACUUUUUGUAUGUGAAUAAUUUUAAUGAUUUUUUUUUAUUUAACUACAGUUGCCUAUACUGCUUUCCUACUGACCUCUUGAGUGUAUGGCACGUUAAAGUCCAGUGCACUUAUUCCUAACUCUAAAAAGCAUAUUAGAAUAGACACAGCUGUAUGGUGCUGCACUGAAUAGGAGGCUUCACUCCUUUGCAAGGCUGUUCUCUGAAGAUUUUUGCAACGUGCAAAUACAUCUUCUAUUCCCAUGUUGUUUGGAUUGUGUAGGAACUGGUCGAAUCCUCCUAUUUUCCAUAUUAAUUGGGAACUUUUUUUGUCCAUCAGACCUUUYUAAAUCGCUUUAAUGGGGGCUCUCAAAUAUGACUCAGUAGGCAUAACGAGAGUGCUUUGAGUAAAUCUCACCUUUUCGUCCUGUCAUAUUGCUACUUGUAGAGACUUCUAAGGACUUGCUGAAGACUUUGGGGUAGUUCAAAGCAGUUGGUUCACUUAUCUGAGCCCAAUGAAAACAGAUGCAGUUAAAUUGUCUACAAAAAAUGUAUGGGUAUGCACUUGUUAGCUUUAAGUUAUUGGUUCACUCUUUUCUGGAUUCAUGUAUUCYUCACUGAUGAGUUUUGGUGUGAUAUUUCAACACAGUUGAAUUUUUUGAACCAAAUACUCAUUUAUCAUAACUCUUACAAAUACCACUUUGUUUUGCUUUUCGCAUGUAAUAUAAGCAAAAUCAUUCAUUUGAAUACUUUCCCUGAAAACCAAUGUGAAAACUACCAAAAUCUCUUGUYGUUUUAAUGCAAGAGUAGGCAGAGAAAUCUUAGAUAAAGUGUCAAGUUGUUCUGUAACUAAUAUCCUAUUU